AUGAUGGCAAUAGAUGGGUCUCGGCAACGGACUCAAACCUCAGCAACAGCAGCCCAAAUCACUUUCGGCGCAUCCGACCUAAAGUCGCAAUGCCCAAAUCUGAAAGACCUAGUAGUAAUCUUAAUACAAAUGGGAGAAUUAACAGUAAAAAAGGUUCUGCUCGAUCCAGGGAGUAGUGCCGAUGUCUUAUUCUAUUCCACCUUCAAGAAGAUGCAAGUCAAUGACAAAGCACUACAACCACGACUCGGAGAAUUGGUAGGGUUCUCUGGGGAAAAGGUCCCCGUAUCAGGUUAUGUAUGGUUGAGAACAACGUUGGGCGAGUCUCCGAACUCAAAAACCCUCGAUAUUCAAUUCUUAGUAGUAGAUUGUGCAAACCCUUAUAAUGUCAUUUUGGGACGUCCGUCCUUUAAUUCUUUCAGAGUUAUUAUCUCUACUAUUCACGUUUGUGUUAAGUUUCUUGUGCAGGAUAACGUAAUAACAACAGUCCACGCAGACCUCAAGGAAGCUAGGCAAUGUUAUAAUGCGGGUUUAAAAGUCACCGCAAACGAGACUAUUACAAUGAUCCAUUACAUUUACAACUCGGAAAGCAUUCCAACUUUGACUGAGCUAGAUCCGAGAGAAAGCAAUAACUGCCCAGCCCCAACGGACGACUUAGAAAAGGUACAACUUGGGAAUCCAUACCAAAUUACUAACAUCGGCUCCAUCUUCUCUGCAGGUACAAAACAAAAUCUGAUUGAGACAUUAAAGUGCAACAUCGACUUGUUUGCAUGGAUGCCAGCCGACAUGCCAGAGAUUGAUCCGAACUUCAUAUGCCACAAGCUAGUAGUCAAUCCUAAUGCCCGACCUAUAAGGCAAAAGAAACGAAAUUUAGGUGCAGAAAGAAAAAGCGCAGCAAUAGCAGAAACACAGAAAUUACUUGAUGCAGGUUUUAUCCGAGAACCUCAUUUUUCAUUGUGGCUAGCAAAUGUCGUAAUGAUUAAGAAAAGCUCGGGAAAGUGGCGUAUGCGCGUGGACUUCACUAACUUAAACAAGGUCUGUCCAAAGGAUUCCUACCCACUACUGAAUAUUAACAAAUUGGUAGACGACAUCUCAGGAUAUAUCAAGUGCUCAGUUUCAUGGAUGCCUAUUCUGGUUAUAAUAAGACACAAAUGCACCCUAAUGAUGAAGAAAAAACAGCAUUUGAAACGGACCAAGGUUGACGACAUGGUGGUCAAAUUGAUCUCGGAACAACAACAUGAGGCCGAUCUCAAUGAAGUAUUUCAUCAACUCCGAAAUUACAAUAUGAGGCUAAACCCAAAAAAAUGUGCAUUUGGAGUACAUGGAGGCAAAUUCCUUGGGUUCUUACUGACAAAUAGGGAAAUAGAAGCCAACCCCGACAAAUGUCAUGCCUUGAUAAGUAUGCAAUCACCUCGAUCAAUCAAAGAAGUGCAGCAACUUAUAGGAUGCCUAGCAGCUUUGUCCCGAUUCUUACCUGCAAUAGCGGCCAAGUCAUAUCACUUCUUCAACACCUUGAGGAAGGCUAAAAAGUUUCUCUGGACAGACGUAUGUGAAAAAGCCUUCGUCGAAUUAAAAAAUCUGCUUAGUUCACCCCCUAUUCUCAAGAAGCCACAACAAGACCUAGCAGGGCGACUUACAAAAUGGGCAAUAGAGCUCUCGGAAUUUGACUUCUCUUAUGAAUCACGAGGAUCUCCCAAAAUACAAGCACUUGCCAACUUUGUAUCAGAAUUCACCAACCUUGAAGAACCAAUCAAAACAUGGGAGUUGUAUGUAGAUGGUGCAUCAAAUGAAAGUGGAUGUGGAGCUUGGAUCCUGCUAAAGGACAACGCUGGAGUCUAA